AUGGGGCUAUCAUCGUACUGGUGGACUCGUGGCACCUUGUCUGACGACGUAGGGGGCGUUCCAGUUCGAAAUGAGACAUCGUUAAAUGACAAUGACUCUCAAACCCUACUAAACCUUGCUACGAGCUUACAACUUUUCGAUGUUCCGCUGCUGCGGACUUCGCUUCCCAAACACGCAUUAUUAUUAUUCUUCUUCUUCUUCUUCUUCUUCUUCUUUUGUUUUUGUUUGCUGCUUACAAGAUGUUGGAGAAGACGGAAACCCGGUGUUACAAUAUACGCAGUAAAGGAGGAAAAGCGUGGCAAGGCUACAUCAAAACGACCUACCUAUCGAACGGGCGGGAGCACCAUCGACUAUCGAUCUCUGUACUAUAAGCUCCAGAAUAUCGAAGACCAUCAAGAUAUACUGCCGAAAGCUCGGGAUCUGCUGCUUUCCUUCCUUUCGGACGCAAUUACAACAACAGCGUACGACAAAGGCCAAGGCCAAGGGAUAUUCGCAAUUCGAUCAUACACUGACGAAAAACUCUUUUCCUUUCUCCGGGCAAGUCACCAAGAAGUGGAAGACUCCUAUCAGAGAUACAUCCAAAACAGGAGGAGUGGGAGUCCAAGGGUGCUGGUGUCAAAUCGACAGCACGCCGCUGAGGUUCUGACACGGCUCGCGCCACUUAAACUGGUGGAUGGAGCCUGGCUAGGUCUCACUAAUAAUAUCAACACGCCUUUCGCACACAGACGCAUCACAAAGCAAUUAUGGCAGAUUCUCUCUGAGGAGCUUGGGGAUGGAAUAUUAAGCUUUCAUCACACAUACAUCUAUAAUGAAAUGUUGAAGGGUCUGGACGUGAAAUUACUGGAACCGUAUAAGCGAGAUUUUGGCGAAAAAAUACCCAACACGAACGAUAGACGGGCUUUCAAAGCGGCAGUAGACUUUUUACCUGAGAUUAUUGGGUUUAAUCUCCAUUUCGAAGGAUUUAGUUUUGAGACGAUGACUUUGGCACGCGAGCUGCAGGAGCUCAAGAUUGACGCGCAAUAUUUCCUACUUCAGGUCACUAUGAAUAACGCGCAUUCUGGGCAUGCUAUGAUGGCAGCAUCUAUUGUAACCCAAUAUCUAGCGCAAGUUGUGCGUGGGGAAGGGUCUGAGGCUGCAGAGAUUGCUUGGAGACGUGUUCAGGCAGGAUAUGCGUUAUCUAAGCAUCUUGGGAAUGGCAUUGAGUCGGCGGUAACCGAAGACGGAGGGGACAUUGAUUACUAUGCGGAGAACAAUGACAUCCCCGGACCAUAUGAUGAGGAAGUUGGAAACCUUCUGAUUGCGAAAGCAGCAGUGGCGCAGAAGAUUCACACUGCAUGCCCCGCUAGAAUCGGUGGUAAGCCAUUGUCUGACUGGCUGAAUACCAGUCAUAUCACAUCCGAUAGCAGCAAACUGGAUUUCCUUCGAGAAUUGAGCGACGCUGCCCCAUGGGUGGUCAGGGGCAAUCCAGAUAAGAGUAGGUUGAUCCAGGAAAUGCGCCGCGGAGGGAAAAUGUUUGGAGCUUUCACACUAAAGGAGGUGAAUCUGUUAGAACGUUGGAUAAGCUCUAUGGACCCCCGGGCAACUGGAAAUGAUGUACAGGCUGAUUACUGGAGGUUCACUGGGCGAAAGAGAUUUCGUCAACAUCCAACUCUGGCGCCAUCUCCGGACCCAUUUUUGAAUUUCGAUUGUUCUGAAUACCCUGCUCUUCCGCUUGGCGAAGAUUUCACUCACGACCCUCUGUUAAUCAAUUUUGACAAGAACUGGCCCAAGUUUAUCUCCAUGUGGUUUGCCCACAUCUCUCUCCUAGAGUCGGUUGUCACGGUUCCUUCUCGUGUAGCCACCGAAUUGGGUGCAGCCGUUACUCGCACUCUUAGGGCUCAGUAUGGCCUCAGCCCUGAGGCAGAUGGGAUAUUUGGCAUGGACGAGAUCCACCACACUGUCAGCGCCUCUACUCCCGAUCUCGUCGAUAUUGGACUCGAGAUCCUAUCUUGCAAGGGUAUAAACCCUCUGCCAAAUUCAUUAUCGGAUAUUCUCACACAGUCUCCGUGUGAAUUUUCAUUAAAAAUAUUAAGCGCUUCAAAAUAUCCUGUGAGGAAUGGUGAGAUCCUCCUAGGAAUGCUAUUGACUUUUCUGGAUUUGCAGAAAGCUGUGUUAGAGUGCCCAGGACUGCUCUCCGAGGUAGGGAAGCAGGCGUUAGAGGGAAUUAUUGAGAGGGAGACGACCUGUUUGAGGACAUGUCGUGAUUUGUUUGCGGCGGAUAAAAGGAAAGGGGAGCUAUUUGCCGCAGGAUAUUGGUUAGCGAGGACGGAGAUUUACAAGAAAUUAGGUCAUAGCCUUCUAUUCAUUCAUGACUAG